GCCACUGCGGCCGCUCUUGAUGAGUUCAGUUUUUGUGUGACCCCCACCCUCAUCAAAGUUGCCCAUCCCUGAUCUAGCUAAUAUCACAUGGGCUGAUCGUAAGUGGGGAGGUGGGGGUAAAACAUUGUUUACCCCUUUCCAGAAUGUAGAGAGCCAGUGGGAUUUACAGUAGCGCGCUGAGCACAUCCCAAUUGCCUUGUCCAACUCCGUCACAACACACACAGUCAGACCUCCAGCUGCAUAUGAGUCGACAGGUUGUGUACACAGAGGAAGUCGACUGAGAAAAUUUUAUAGCUAAAUAGAUUUGCUAAGAAUAACAUCUAGUAGACAAAGGCACGCAGACUUCGCCAUGUCAAGUACAACAAUCUCAAAUACCGGCUUUUAAAGCAGGAUAUGUCCGUAGUAGACUGUACUGGAUUUUUAACUCGCAGUUGCAAGUCAGCUGACGUUAACGGCUCGUCUGCUAGCACGUUGAAUAUUUCCACUGACCAAAAAAGCAACUUGGAGAUAUCCGGGAGCCGAAUGGCCUCUGUUGUGGCCUCUGUUGUGACUGUGAAAACCGAGAAGCGGCCUGCCCCUGCUGACCCUCAGGAUGUUGACUCCAACACCAAAAAACCCAGGAUUUGGGCACCAUCAAUGGAACCAUCACUCAAUCUCUGCCUGCCCCAAAGGAAACUGCUGCCCAGCCUGAAGACCAAGCGGGCCUCCGAGCUGGUCCUAGUUAUUGGUACAGGGGUGAGUUCAGCUGUGGCCCCUCAGGUCCCUGCAUUGCGCUCCUGGAAGGGUUUGAUCCAGGCCUUGUUGGACGCGGCCAACGACUUUGACCUCCUAGAGGAAGAGGAGAGUCGGCGUUUUCAGAAGAGCCUGAAGGACGACAAGAACCUAGUCCACGUGGCUCAUGACCUCAUCCAGAAGCUCUCUCCGAGAACAGGCAACGUGCGGUCCACCUUCUUCAAGGACUGCCUGUACGAGGUUUUUGACGAUCUGGAGUGUAAGAUGGAGAAUGCGGGGAAGCACCUUCUCCGCUCCGUACUGCAGCUGAUGGAGAGUGGAGCGCUGGUCCUCACCACCAACUUUGACAACCUGCUGGAAAUUUAUGCAGCCCACCAGGGAUCGAAGCUGGAGUCUCUGGACCUCACAGAUGAGAAGAAGGUCCUGGAGUGGGCUCAGGGGAAGAGAAGUCUGAGCGUUUUGCACAUUCACGGUGUUUACACGAAUCCCAGUGGCAUUGUACUGCACCCUGCUGGCUACCAGAAUGUACUGAGGAACACUGAAGUCAUGAGAGAGAUCCAGAAACUGUAUGAGACCAAGUCGUUUGUGUUCCUGGGCUGCGGGCGCACGGUGGACGACACCACCUUCCAGGCUCUGUUCCUGGAGGCGGUCAAACACAAGUCGGACCUGGAGCACUUCAUGCUGGUGCGGCGCGAGGACGUUGGAGAGUUCAAGAAGCUGCGGGACAACAUGCUGGACAAGGGCAUCAAGGUCAUCUCCUACGGCAAUGAGUAUUCUGACCUGCCCGAGUACUUUGAGCGGCUGGCCAAUGAGAUCUGCAACCGCGACGCUGUCAUUAACGGCUGGGGAUCUCCCUCUCAAGAAGAACAGGAAACCCAGAAUGGCUUUCAUUCACAGAAGUGCCUCCUUCAAGACUAUUCUUCUUGACAGGCACAAAACAGGUGGGAGUAUCAGUCCUUUUCAUUCACCGUUCCUUCAUAGAUUUCAGUCUACUACUCAGGUCUGGUUUCAUUGGAUCUACUACAACUCCUCCAGGCAAAUAUGGGCCAGAAGAGACCAUGUUACUGCUCUGUAGUCACCCGCUGAUUUUGUUUAUUUUUUUCUGUACCGGUUGUCAUGACAAAGGGAAAGAUCCAACAGGAAAGCAGCUGUCCACCCUGGCAACUUAAUGUAAAUGUAGCCCUAAUGGAUAUAGAUGUGUGAAGUAGGGAUGACAAUGUCAGGUCCCUGAUCUGGUUUCUCGCAUAUCAUCAUUUGGAAAUGAAUCCUGUCCUGAAUGGAUGGCUGGAGUCAGUCCAGUGGACCUAGAUGUGAGUUUCUGAAGAGAAGCAGGCAAAAUGUAGCCAAUAUGGCGUACGGGCUGUUCCGAUGCAGCCUUUUGCCGUGGUAUAUUGACCAUAUACCACAAACCCCUGAGGUGCCUUAUUGCUGUUAGAAGCUACUUACCAACAUAAUUAGACAGUCUGAUAUGUCAUUCAGGGUUCACUCCACCCAGCUUCUUUUUAUGCCUUUUGUAUUGUUAAUACUGCAGGUUGAGAAAUGUGUCGGUAUUUAAGUGCUAUUUAAAAAAUAAAAAUAAACACUUUGGUAUCAUA